UUGCUUUUUCGGCCGUCCAAGUAUUUCUCCACUUGUCUCGAGCACGCCGUAAAAGCAAACCACUAAAAAGACGAGCAAAGCUGCAGAAUUCAUCAUCAAUCAAUAUAUUUGGCAUCGGAACAACGAGAUUUGGUUCAAAGCACUUCAAAUUCUCAGUUUGUAUCAGUAGGGUUUUGAGACAUUGUUUUGAACCAGUGGGAGGGUUUCCAGUCCCACCUCCCCCAAGCGAAUUGCGCAUCUUUUCCUUGGGAAGAUGAGUCGCCAUCCAGAGGUUCUUUGGGCUCAGCGCUCUGAUAAGGUUUACCUGACUAUUUCUUUACCUGAUGCAAAAGAGGUUUCCAUCAAAUGUGAGCCUCAGGGUAUAUUUAGUUUCUCAGCUGUGGGUGUCCAGGGCAAACCAUUUGACUUCAGUCUGGAACUUUAUGGGAAAAUAGUACCUGAGGGCUGUAAAUCUAACGUUGGAUUAAGGAAUAUACUUUGCUCUAUUCAGAAGGAGCAAAAAGGUUGGUGGAAAAGGCUGUUAAAGUCAGAAGAAAAGCCUGCCCCAUAUAUUAAGGUUGACUGGAACAAAUGGUGUGAUGAAGAUGACGAGGAGUCAACUAAUCCUGAUAUUGCCUCCGAUGAUGAUGUAGCGUAUGCGGGUAAAGAUGAUGGAAGCAGUGAUGAUGAAGGAAUGCUGUAUCUUCCUGACUUGGAGAAGGCCAGAGGAAACUAGUGGAAGAUUAGGGUGCUAACAAGUAACAGGCCAUGUAGUUUCUAUGAAACCAAAUUACCUAAUUUGGUGCAUGUAUUGUGGUAUGUUUCUGCUCAUUCUGUCUUACAAUGGCACCUAUCAGAUCUGAUCAUAUGGCCAACCUGAGAUUCUCCGAGUAUCCAACCCCCCCCCCCCCCCAAUCUUCUGCAUAUUUGAACAUUCUCAUAGUAAUCUGAAAAAUCUCGGCCCCUCAUCUUUUUUUC